AUACAGUCGCCCGCGGGCGGUGCGUUGCCGUUGCCGUUGCCGCUGCCGCUGCCGGAUCGAAAUGGCAAAAUCUAAGCAUUAAUAGCUUACCAGAAUUGCUCGAAGCAGGUGGUGAAUUCGGCAAAUUAUUGAUCGUUUCGGAUCCGAGUCGAUGUCGGAUCGUUGCCCGUUAAGCGCGACCGACAAACGAUAAGCGCCCACGCCCGCCAAAUUGCGACCGGGACCACGAAGGAGAACCGUCGGAUCGAAAUCGAACGGCGAUGGCUGGCUCUAUGUCUCAAUUUGGAGGCCCUUUAAUGGUGGUGGUUUGAGUCUCGUCAUGGCCUUAUCUUCUGCUUUGAGCUGGGCCUCGGGUGCAGGCGGCGGAAUGACGAGAGUGCCCUCGGCUUCUUCCUUUCGUUCUCCCGCGGGUGGCUUCAGGCAUUUACUGAUGAGGGCGAUUGUAGGGGGAAGGAGGGCAGGAGAAGCAAAAAAGGAGACAGGAGCAGACAGAGAUGGAAGCGCCAUGCCUGAGGAGCGAGGAAGACAACGAUGUGAUGAUCAUGAUCUAAAUUAGUCGAGAAAUCUUUCCCUCUCUUCUUCCCGGAAAUAGAAUUCAGUCACACUUGCUUGGGAGCCGGCCAGCGAGAGGGGAAUUGGACGGGUUGCUCUCCACGAUGGUGAUGAAAGAGAGCGCAGUAAUAUGGGAUCGGUAACCACGCCGUUCACCUUCGCCCACCGCCUCCUAGCUAGCCCGCUUACAUCGCCGGCGCCGCCCAUGUCCCAGGGCUUCCACCAAGGCCUUUUCAACUUCCAGGGCGCUGCUACCGCCAACCGCGACCACCAACAGCAGCACAUCGGGCGGAAUAACAAGCUCCGGGUGCAGCAGGGCUUCGAUGCGGCAGGACACCCCGCGCUCGUCCCAAUCGAUGACCGUGCCGACGAUGAGACCGGAAUCUUUGAGUCCGCAGCCGUCGGAGAUGCCGCUGGUAACAUGCUCUCCGAGAUGUUCAAUUUCCCGCCGCCGGGAAUGGCGGCGCCGAUGGACCACAUGCACCCCAACCAGAUCCCGGCUGGUGGAUACCAUGGGACGGCUUCAAGAUCCAUGGCCGUCGGCGCCGGGUUCCCCGCCGUCGCCGCAGGUGACUGGUACGGCGCAAAUCGGCAGCCCCACGACCAGCAGCAUUCGGUGGCGGCGGGUUUGAGCGCCGACUCCGCCGCAGCGAUGCAGCUGUUCCUAAUUAACCCGCCGGGGAUGCAACCCCCGCCGCAACCGCAUCGAUCGCCGUCUCCAUCGUCGGCCGCUUCUCUGCACACGCACCACCCCUUUCAUCAGUCCUACGCCGAGAAUCCCUUCGGCGCCGCCGGCCGAGUAAUCGAAGGUCAAGGCCUCUCUCUAUCCCUCUCUUCGUCUCUGCAACAGCUGGAGAUGGCCAAGGCCGACGAUCUACGCGUGAGACAAGGGGCCGUCAUAUACUUCAACAACGAGCACCAAAGCCAGCAGCCGCAUCAGUUACACGUUGGUGGCGGAAUGAGCGUGGCCAACAUGUUAAGAAACUCCAAGUACUCUAAGGCGGCGCAAGAGCUGUUGGAGGAGUUCUGCAGCGUGGGGAGGGGGCAAUUGAAACCGAAUAAACUCGGCAAGCGCGGUGGCACUAUAUCCAGCUCUAACCGUAACCCUAGCGGCGGCGGCGGCGCUUCGAGUUCGGCGGCCGCGCCGACGUCCUCCUCGAAGGACGUCCCUGCCUUGUCCCCUUCCGACAGAUUCGAGCAACAAAGGAAGAAGGCGAAGCUCAUGUCCAUGCUCGACGAGGUGGAGAGGCGAUACAACCACUACUGCGAGCAGAUGCAGAUGGUGGUGAACUCGUUCGACUCGGUGAUGGGGUUCGGGGCGGCGACGCCGUACACGGCGCUGGCUCAGAAAGCCAUGUCGCGGCACUUCCGGUGCCUCAAGGAUGCGAUCGCGGCGCAGCUGAAGCAAACGCGCGAGUUCCUGGGGGAGAAGGACGGCGCGGGCGGGUCGGGCGUCACCAAGGGCGACACGCCGCGGCUGCGGCUGCUGGACCAGAGCCUCCGGCAGCAGAGGGCGUUCAACCAGAUGGGGAUGAUGGAGCAGGAGGCCUGGCGGCCGCAGCGAGGACUGCCGGAGCGCUCCGUCAACAUCCUCAGAGGCUGGCUCUUCGAGCACUUCCUCCACCCUUAUCCGAGUGAUGCCGAUAAGCAUUUGUUGGCGAGGCAGACAGGUUUAUCCAGGAACCAGGUGGCCAACUGGUUCAUCAACGCAAGGGUGAGGCUAUGGAAGCCAAUGGUGGAGGAGAUGUACCUACAAGAAUCCAAAGAAGAGGACGACAAAGAGGAGGAGGAGGAGGAGGAGCAGCCGCAGGAGCACAAGACCGAAGCAAGACAACCGCACUCAUCAGCUCAGCCAACGCAACUGAGACCCCAACCAGUUGUUCACGCGCCACCGGCAGAAACCGACGCCUCCCCGAGCACAUCUUCCAUGGCCCAGCUCCACCACCGCCUCCCGCCCUCCUCCGGAACCAGCCACCACCCUCCGAGCCUCGCCGGAGACGACGCCCUCUUUGGCGCCGGUGCAGACGCAUUCGCCGCCCAAGGCCGUAACCUCGGCGACAUGUACCGGCUUGCCGGAGGAGCCACUGCGGCUGCGAGGUUCGGCGCUGGAGACGUGUCACUCACGCUUGGGCUACGGCACACCGGCGGCGGCGGAGGCGGAAGCUCGUCGGAGAAUAGCAGGUUCUCUGUUCGGGACUUCAGCCACCACUGUUAAUUUCGAGCAAAAUUAAGCAGGAUGGUAGUUAAAAUUAAUCACCCAUUGAUCUGCAUAUGUGUUAAUUGAUCCUUCUUUGCUAUCUGCAACAAGUAAAUUAAGAUAGAUAUAGCAAGAACAUAGAAAUUAGUGUAUGAUAUAGAAUCAUUUGCAGGUUUAAUUUUCUUCAUUAUUUUUGCUGUCAACCUGUGUAUCUGAGAAUAGUUAACACAUUAUGGUAUUGGGAAGAUAUAAUUAUACUCGUACAAUUAAUUGAA